AUGCAGCUUGCCAAAUCCGGUAGUGUCGAGAGUCAAGAGCCGUCCUAUGUAGUAUGGGCACCCCGUAUUACAAUGCUUGGCUACCAUGUUUUCCCAGCGUUAUUUCACGAUGGAACCCUCGAUUGGCUGGCAAGCUUGGCUCUCCAGCCCUGUGAAUCUGGGGCACACUAG